AUGGAAUCCACUAGAAACUAAACUGCGCUAAUCAAAAUCAAUUGAAAGCAAUCAGAAAGCCAAGCGCAAAGCAAAUAGUAACAUUGGUGGAAUACCACUGGAUAGCGCUGAUUCUUAUCUUUAAGUUGUCCCAAACACCUCCUGUCAUUUAAGAUCAGCUGACCGCACAAUGUUUCGAAGGCUCAGUGCAUUAAGAGUUGCCAGAAUGCGUAGUUUAUCGAGUCUGGUGCAGACGAAGGCAUUGGUGAAUGGAGCUUGGGUGGAUGCCAGCAGCAGGGAGACGUUUGCCGUCAGCAAUCCGGCAAAUGGACAGGUUAUCGGCAAUGUGCCUAACAUGACGGUGGAGGAUGCACAGAGUGCCAUUAAGGCCGCAAAGCAGGCAUACGAGUCCAAGGAAUGGCGCUCAUUGACCGCCAAAGAUCGCUCCAAUCUAUUAAAGAAAUGGCACAAACUCAUCGAGGAGCAUACACAGGAAAUCGCUGAAAUAAUGACGGCCGAGUCCGGCAAACCGAUCAAUGAGGCCAAGGGCGAGGUCAUCUAUGGCAAUGCCUUCAUCGAGUGGUUUGCGGAGGAAGCGCGUCGCAUUUACGGCGAAAUUGUGCCCAGCAGUACGCCAAAUCGUGAGAUAAUUGUAAUGAAACAACCAAUUGGAGUGGCUGCAUUGAUAACGCCAUGGAAUUUCCCACUGGCGAUGAUAACGCGAAAAGCAGGCGCCGCUUUGGCUGCUGGCUGCACGGUGAUUGUUAAGCCGUCGGAGGAUACGCCGCUGACCGCGUUGGCGGUGGCCAAGUUGGCCGAGGAGGCCGGCAUGCCGAAGGGCGUUAUCAAUGUGAUAACCACCAAUAAGGCAGCACCAAUUGGACAACUGUUCUGCAAGAGUCCGGAUGUGAGGGGCAUUUCCUUUACGGGCUCAACACAAGUGGGCAAACUGUUGUUCCGUGAUUCCGCUGAUGGCAUUAAACGUGUCUGCUUGGAGCUGGGCGGCAAUGCGCCAUUCAUUGUCUUCGAUUCGGCCAAUGUGGACAAGGCGGUGGAUGGCGCCAUGGCCUCCAAGUUUCGCAACUGUGGACAGACCUGUGUUUCGGCUAAUCGCUUCUUUGUGCAGGAAGGCGUCUACGACAAGUUUGUGUCGCAGCUAAAGCAACGCGUGGAGGCGCUAAAGAUCGGCGACGGCAACUCCUGUGAUGUCCAAAUCGGACCACUGAUCAACAAGAUGCAGUUCGACAAGGUCAGCGGCUUUGUGGAGGAUGCUCGCACCAAGGCAGCCAACAUCAUUGUGGGCGGCAAGGCUCUCCCAGAGUUGGGUCCGCUCUUCUAUGCACCCACCAUUGUCACAGAUGUGCCGCCAACGUCACAAAUCUACACCGAGGAAGUCUUUGGUCCCGUUGUCUCCAUCAUCAAGUUCAAGGACGAACAGGAGGCGGUGCAGAAGGCAAACGAUACCCAACGUGGACUAGCUGGCUAUUUCUACAGCGAGAAUCUGCAGCAGGUGUUCCGUGUGGCCAAGCGCCUGGAAGUGGGCAUGGUCGGUGUCAAUGAGGGCAUCAUUUCAGCUCCCGAGGCGCCAUUCGGCGGUGUCAAGGAGUCGGGUGUGGGUCGAGAGGGAUCCCAUCAUGGCAUCGACGAUUACGUGGACAUCAAGUACAUCUGCAUGGGAAAUCUGAAAUACGAUUGAAAUUCCUAAAAUAGCUUUAGUUUGCAGUCUUCCACUAGUAAAAUGCUUGUUUGUUGUAAAUUAACUUUAGCAUUAAUUUAAAAUACAAAUAAUCGUGCACAAAACAAAGUAAA